AUGAGCUCGGCCGCAGUUCUGAAGCUCCUCGCGGCGCUGGCCUGGCUGCUGCUGCUGCUGGGCUCGCCGGCGGCCGUGCGGGGUGGCUGCGGGUUUCCCCCAUAUGUACCUAAUGCCCGGCCAACUGUGGGAAGUCAUAACAGUUUUCCUGUGAGAAAGAUAAUACGUUACACAUGUAACAAAGGCUUUGCUAAAAUCCCUGGCCAGACAGAUGCAGUGGCCUGCCUAGACAACAAUCAAUGGUCCAAAAUUUCAACGUUGUGUAACCGCAGCUGUGACGCUCCACCUAUUCUACUUGUCGCCACCUUCGACAGGCGUUACGUCAGAUAUAGUUACUUCCCGGUGGGCUUCACUGUGGAAUACCAAUGUCGACAAGGGUACCAAAGGAUUGAGUCUGUCCCUGCAACAAUCACUUGCCUUACAAAUGUCACAUGGUCCAAACUUCCUAACAUAUGUAAAAGGAAAGCAUGCCCUGAACCUGGGCCUUUAAAACAUGGGCAUAUCAAUAUAACUGACAAGUAUUUUGGCGCCCAGAUCUUCUUUUCAUGUGAAGAAGGGUACAUCUUAGAGGGUGCAACCUAUACUUUCUGUGCUGUCUCGGGGGCCAGUGUUGCGUGGAGAGACCCGCUGCCAGAGUGCAAAGUAAUAUUUUGUCCAGAACCACCCAGUAUUGAAAAUGGAAAAAUUACACAGAAGCAGAACGAUUAUGCAUCUGGACAAUCUGUAACAUACCAGUGUAAUGAAAACUUCACCCUGUUGGGAAGCAACUCUAUUCAAUGUUCCAUAAAAAAAUACCAAGGACAAUGGACUGGUGCUCUGCCCAGAUGCAAAGAAAUAUUUUGUCCAGAACCACCUCACAUUGACCAUGGAAAAGUUAUGGAGAAUCACAGCCAUUAUAGAUAUGGACAAUCGGCGACAUACCAGUGUAACGAAGGCUUCACCCUGGCGGGAAACAACUCGAUCCGAUGUACUGAAAAAGAUGAACAAGGCCAAUGGAGCGAUGCACCUCAGUGCAAAGAAAUAUUUUGUCCAGAACCACUCAAAAUUAACAAUGGGAAAAUUGUACAGAAGCAGGACCAUUAUGCACAUGGACAAUCUAUAACAUACGUGUGUGAUGAAGGCUUAAUCCUGAUAGGAAAGGACUCUAUCCAAUGUACUGUAAAAGAUAACCAAGGGAAAUGGAGUGAUUUUCCACCUAAGUGCAAAGAACGCCUUGUUCUCUGGCCUGCGGUAGCACCUCAGAAACAUGCUACUUCAACUGCACAGCCCCCACCGAAGGCUCCAAACCCCACAUCAGCAAAAGUUUCAGGUACAAAGGCUCCACCGACUCCUCAGGAAAUCACCUCAGUAAAUGAUCCAGAUCCAGAACCUACACCAGCUGCUCAGAAACCCACCUCAGCAAAUUUUCGAGCGGCAUAUCCCCCACUAACUGCUCGGAAACCCACCGCAGCAAACCUGCCAGCAGUACAACCCCGGCUAGCUGCGCGGAAACCCACCUCCGCAAAUAUUCCAGCUGCAGACCACCACCUAACUGCUCGGAAACCCACCUCCCCAAAACUUCCAGCUGCAGACUCCCCCCUAACUGCUCAGAAACCCACCUCCCCAAAACUUCCAGCUGCAGACUCCCCCCUAACUGCUCAGAAACCCACCGCAGCAAAUCUUCCAGCUGCAGACUCCCCCCUAACUGCUCAGAAACCCACCGCAGCAAAUCUCCCACCUGCAGAUCCACCACGAACUGCUCAGAAACCCACCUCCGCAAAUCUCCCACCUGCAGACCCCCCUCUAACUGCUCAGAAACCUACCGCAGCAAAUCUCCCACCUGCAGAACCACCACUAACCGCUCAGAAACCCACCGCAGCAAGUGUUUCAGUCACACAGGUGCCAGCAACAGGACAAAAAUCCCCAGUAACAAAUGCUCUACCUACAGAGACCUCACCAGCAUUCCUGAAACCCAUCACGGCAAAUGCUUCUUCUGUAGCGCAUGCCACACCAACAACCCAACAAUCCUCCACAGCAAAUGUUUUAGUUACACAGACUCUUCCAACAAAACACAAAUCCACUGCUGCCCAUGCCCCAGUGACUAAAAGGCUCAAGACUACACAAACCUCUGCCCCUGUUACAGCUACACGGGUCAUAGCUGUUCCAAGAGCAACCACUCACUUUCAAGCAACACACACAGCUAAAGGAAAAGGAACCCUUCAAUCUUCAGGUGCUAUAAUCCUUGCAUCUGGUAACUUUUGGAGAACUUCAGAUCCUUCGAGUCCAUCAAGUGUUACUGCGUGCCCAUUGUGUCGAUGCAGCAUUCUAGGUGCAGAGAAUCUACACGAAGGAAGCAGUUAUGCAUGCAGUUUCUACCCUCAGAUUCUAUGGUUAAUCAUAAUCAUUUCUGGAUUUCCGUCCAAUUUCAAACAAGCAAAGAAUGCUACCUUUGCUUGUAUCUUCCUUCCUUUUCCUUCCUUUUCAGUGAUGUAA